CUCUCGGGUGUUGUUGUUUAUGCACCUUGUUUGUGACCACUCUUCUGGCCAACACCCCGCGUUCCUUUCUAAUUCCUUGUCAUUAGCCACCUUACUGGCUUCUUUCGUGCCGCUUUCUCUUCAUUUUCUAACGUCAUCUGAGCCGCCAACUUGAUGCUAGCUUCUAGGUAGUAAUGGCUCUUUUAUUAAACCAAACAUAACAGUAUCCUUUACUUUUACCUACGUCUCUUUCAGACGCCGACAAGACGGGCCGAUGUAAACGCGUCUUCCUCGGACCUUCCUCGGACCAGGCUCUUACGUCUGCUGCUCUUCAGUCUACAUCAACUCAAUCAGAUAUGAAGCUACAAAAAGCCUCUCGCUGCUUUGGGGUCAUGUUGAUUUUCGCUCUCAUAGCAUGGGUUCUUCUGAUUUCUUUACCAAAGGAAAAACAUCAUCUCGCAAUCACUCAUAACUUCGGCAUCGGUUUUGACCUGAGCCCCUCAUAUGCCACUGUCGCCGUCUCAUACCCAAAUGGGUCCAUUCAACAAAUUGCUAGAGUUGACGGUGACAGAGCGUACAGGGAGAUGAUGCUCAGAUUAUCCCUACCUACUUCGCAACACUUGCAUAAACCUUACAGAAACUUGGGUGACUCGAUUAGUGACAUUCCUCGCCAGAUAUGGCGGGACACUCGUAAGAAAAUGGGUCUCCCUUCCUCUAAAGAUGUAGGCACCCUCAGUAAUAUGAUCUACGCCCUGCGAGCGCGGGCGACGUGUUAUGUCGGCGAGCCUGUUUCGGCGGCGGCUAUAUCUAUCCCUCAUCUCACCGCUCUAUACGGCGACGACCUUCGUGAUGCCUUUGAGUAUCUGUCUCUGUUCUAUCUUGAAUUCUUCCCCUUCUCCAACUUCCACCCAUUACCAGCGAGUAUCGCGUCGUACGCAGGUAAUGGCUUAGGCCUCUGCGAAGAUUACAGAGACGACGCGGCUUGCGCAGAAGAAGAGUUGAAUAUUCCGUCUCAAUUCGCAUUGACUGUUGGGUACACGCAUACUAGUUUGACCACGAGCCAAGCGCACGUUUCGAGCGCUUAUUAUAUUGAAGCAACACCAACUUUGGAGAACCUGCGCUUAGAAUAUGAUACAAGACAUGAGGAGUCUUAUUGGGAGACGGUGCGACAUAUGCUUCAGUCUCCUGUCAUAGAUAGCCCUGUCUCAAGGAAUAUCUCAAUGGUUCUAUUGUUUGGUGAUGCGACUGAGGUGCCAAGAUUCAGGGGAGUUUUGGGUGCAGUGAUCAAUGAGGUGCUUGGUGGUCAGGUGCAAAUUGUUGAUCAACAACCCGAAUUUAGUGCAUCGAAAGGUGUCGCAGAGCUGGCAAAAAGGGCCAUAUUCAGGCAAGGAUGGAUUCAAGACGUAUCGUCUGAGUUGUAGAACUCGUUACUGUCCUGUCGCUCAUUUUCCCCGCUUUUUCCUUUUCCUUUCCUAGUUCGAGGACAGCCCAUUAUAAUUUAGUAGGCACCACUUAUUAGCUGUGAUUUCUAGCUUAUUGCUUGUUAGAAUCAUAGUGCUGUCAUGGGACAAGAUAGAAGUGUAUACUAAACCACUUCGCUAUCUGCCAAAAUAUAGAACCAACGUUCUCAGGGCGAUACCCUACGCGUCUACAUUCAACUAUAUGGUACUGUAACAAGUGCCCUCUGUUAAUGGUUGAACUUGCUGUAUAUUAUCUAUGAAGCAUUGAACCCGUUCUAAAAUGGACCACCGUCGUUUAUCCCCGAUAGAUUAUUCCUCGUCUCCUUGAAGAGGAGGUGCAAAUGCUUUAUGGUGUAGGCAGAGUAGUUGCUGAUGAAUCAUCCAAAGCCGAGAACAUUGAAAUGGCGCAAUGUAAAACCCACCACCAUUUCUGAAAGCUGAAUGUUAGCUUGAUAUUUACUAUUCUUAACUCUGUCAUAUGAGUAUCACUGAUCUCUGAUGAGGGACAAAUUCAAUCUUUA